GUGAUGUCAAGAUUUGCGCGACGGAAACUUUUUGCCGGAAGUGGAGGAGAGAAAGUGUUGCACUCCACCGAGGGGUGGGGGUCUUCAAGUUCAGUGCUGGGGGCUAAUUAUCGCUAAAAAGCUCCGAGGUGCUCUGGUGGCUUCAGUUCCCUGCUUUGCCAGAAAAGGCUAGAACACGCGCGGAGGUGUGUUUUUGGUGUGUGUCCUGUGCUUUAUUUGACUGGGACUCUGAAUCCGGUUCUGUUGCUUUCAACUUAAACAGAUAGCAUGGAGGCACCUCCAGUCACUAUGAUGCCUGUCACCGGGGGCACCAUUAACAUGAUGGAGUACCUGCUGCAGGGAAGCGUUUUAGAUCACAGCUUGGAAAGCCUCAUCCACCGCCUUCGUGGUUUGUGUGACAACAUGGAACCUGAGACUUUCCUUGACCAUGAGAUGGUAUUCCUCCUUAAGGGCCAGCAAGCCAGUCCAUUUGUUCUAAGGGCCCGGCGCUCUAUGGAUAGGACAGGGGCGCCCUGGCACCUGCGUUACCUGGGACAACCAGAAAUGGGAGACAAGAACCGCCACGCCCUGGUGCGAAACUGCGUGGACAUUGCCACAUCUGAGAACCUCACUGACUUCCUGAUGGAAAUGGGCUUCCGCAUGGACCAUGAGUUUGUUGCCAAGGGACACUUGUUCCGUAAGGGCAUCAUGAAGAUCGUUGUGUACAAGAUCUUCCGCAUCCUGGUGCCAGGGAACACAGACAGCACCGAGGCCUUGUCCCUCUCCUAUCUUGUGGAACUAAGUGUUGUUGCACCAGCUGGGCAGGACAUGGUCUCUGACGACAUGAGGAACUUUGCAGAGCAGCUGAAACCUCUGGUUCACCUAGAGAAAAUAGACCCAAAGAGGCUCAUGUGACUCAUGAAUCUGUCCACCCCUGGGGCUUGUCUUCAGCUGUUACAUAAAAGAAGGUGUUAUAAUUGCCCCCUCUCAACACUUCUAGCCAGGCAUCCUUCCCUCGGGAAGGAGGACAGUGAGAACUUGGUUCUUUGCACUGUUUUCCUUAUAUGGGGGGUUCACUUUCGUGACAGCUUUCCUAAGUCAAAGGCUAAGGAUCCCAUGGAGAAUCUAUACAAUCCCUCUGCAUAAAUGGGGAUAUAAUCCUUCUGCAUAAAAGGAGCUUCCGGGAAGAAAAAUAUCUUAAUUGUUUUGCCAUUUGUGUAAAAGGCAAUAGAAAUAGAGUGUGAAAUAGAGGGUGAGUUUGUGUGGUAAUAAAGGCUGUAGAGAGAAA